UUCUCUUUCCUAAACCCUUUCUUCUUCUUCUCUCUCUCUUCUGUAAAUAUAAAACACCAUUGAUGACUCAUAAAUGAAGAAGAUAAAGUUGGAAUGAUGUUUACCUCUCACCAUACUCUUUCUUUCCUUACCUUCAACUCAACUCCAUUCCAUUCAUUAAUCAUCUAGCUACCAUCUCCAAAAAGAGAACUUCUUUUCCUCAUCUUUCAUUAUCUUUAAUCCCAAACAAACCAUGACAGAAAUUUUCUUUCAUUCCCCAAAUCACUACUACUUAUCUUCAUCUUCAAGCUCCAUCAAUGGCAUCUUAAAUACCCAUUCAUCAUAUCCUGUAGCUGCUGAAUCAGAACAACAACAACUGUCUCUAUUAGCCCUUUUCAUUACCCUCUUUAGAAAAUCCUGUAAAACUGUCGAAACUGUUCAACAUCUCUCCAAAAUCCCAUCUUCAAUGGAGAUUGGAUUACCCACUAACGUUAGACAUGUAGCUCAUGUCACUUUUGAUCGAUUCAAUGGUUUUCUUGGUCUUCCUUCUGAAUUUGUACCCGAAAUCCCAUCAAGACCUCCCAGUGCCAGUGCGAGUGUAUUUGGAGUGUCAACUGAUUCAAUGCAACUAUCGUUUGAUUCAAGAGGGAACAUUGUGCCCACGAUUCUACUAAUGAUGCAGAGACGUUUAUACUUACAAGGUGGGUUACAGACAGAGGGGAUUUUUCGAAUAAACCCGGAAAAUGGAGAAGAAGAAGAUGUUCGUGAAGAAUUGAAUAGAGGGAUUAUACCUGAUGAUGUUGAUAUUCAUUGUUUAGCUGGUUUGAUUAAGGCUUGGUUUAGAGAAUUGCCUGAGGGUUUAUUGGAUUCGAUAUCGCCGGAAGAGAUAAUGGAAGCGAGAUCGGAAGAUGAUUGUUUGAAUCUUGUUAAACGGCUGCCGGCGAUGGAAGGUUCUCUUUUAAAUUGGACUGUUAAUUUAAUGGCGGAUGUUGCUGAGAUGGAACAUUUGAAUAAAAUGAAUCCUAGGAAUAUUGCUACUGUUUUUGCUCCAAACAUGACCCAAAUGGAUGAUCCAAUGACGGCAUUGGUAUAUGUUGUACAAGUGAUGAAUUUUCUAAAGAUUCUUAUUACCAAGAAUCUUAAAGAUCGAGAGAAAUUGGAAUUGGAAUCUAUUGUUGUUGUUUAUGACACGGAGCCACCGUCCUCCGAUGAACAAUCGCCGCUAAAACCGGCGGCUGGUUGCGAUGAAGAUGAGGGAAUACACGAAAACUCACCUAUAAAGAAGAUUGGAGUUGAUGAAAUUGGGAGUUUAUGUUCUUCAAGUAAGAUGAUGAUAAAUCAAAGGAGAAAAACAAACAACAAUAAGGGAAUUCAAUCGAGUAAUAUGAAUCAGAAGAAAGGAUGUUGUAAUAAUAAGAACAGAGAUGAUCGAAAAAGGGAAAUGAAUUUGGUUGAUCGUUUAAGUAGUUCAAGAACAGAUCUUAGGGUUCUUGAAGCCUGGCGAUGAUCAUGAUGAUUCAUUAGUUGUGAAUCUUAUGAAAAAAAACAUUUUGUGUGAAAUGUUGGUUUUGUAUAAUUUUUUUUUUUUAUAACUUGGUUUAUUUCUGGUUUUGGUUUUGUUAGUAGGAUUGAAGACACUUAUUUAAAUUUAAGCUAACCAUCUUUUCUAUUGUU